UAAAGACGUAAACAUAAUAGAAUUUUAAAUUGUGAAGUAAGUUGAUUACUAUUUUGUCCCCAAACUUAGUUAAAGCAGAAAUUCUUGAGAAUUUUCUCCACAAUAUAAUAAUAUCAAUCUAAACUGGUGCCGGCAUUUUGCAGUUUGCUGUCCAACAUGGCAUUUUAUGCCCAAAAGGACCCUCGAAUGAGACGCUUUGACCAAGCAGCGGCAACCGAAUCCAAAAAGGAGGAAGAAAAACCCAAAGCGAUUCUCGAAGAUUAUCUGCUGGACGACGAAGCUCCGCCAAAACCCAAAGGCCCCAAAACACCGCCACACCCUGCACCCGCAGCAGCACCAGUGGUUGCAGGUGCAUGGCCAGGAGCAGGAGCACCUGCAAACACUGACUUAUCAAAGGUCCCACCACCCCAGGGUGCUCCAAUUCCAGGCGCAGCUGGAUAUCCAGGGUAUCCUCCUAACUAUGCCCAGCCAGGGCAGCCGUACCCUUACAACAAUUACUACAAUCAGUAUGACUACUCGCAGCAACAGCAGCAAUACCCUGGCUACAACUACUACCAAGGCUAUCCUCCGCCUGGCUGGGGAGCUCCGCCUCCAGGAAUGCCACCUACAGCCGUUCCUCCGCCAGCUAUGCCUGAUCUGACAAAGCCCCCUCCUAUUGUUGCACCUGUGGGAAGUAAAACAGUGAGCCAACGGGGGCUGAGUCCUGCCAGAGACGAGAGAGACAAAGGUAGGGUGAGAGACGACAGGGACAAAGGAAGGGAGAGAGACGACCGGGAUAAGGGAAGGGAAAGAGACGACCGAGAAAAAGGGCGAGAGCGAGAAAGGAUAAGAGAAAGGUCAAGGGAGAGAGUUCGAGAUACUCGAGACCGAUCCAGGGAGCGCCAGCGAGAGCGAGAAAGUGACCGAUAUAGAGGUCGGGAAAGAGAACGUUCUCGUGAACGUGAAAGGUCAAGGGACUUUUCUCGAGAAAGGGAUUCGGGAAGAGAUAGAAUUCACAAGGAGAGAGGACAUUCCAGAGGCAGGGAGAGGUCAAGAGACCACUCAGUGGACAGAUCCAGAGACAAAACUGAGGAAAGGUCAAGAGAAAGCUCAGGUGAGCGACCACUGGAGCAAGGCAAAGAAAGGAAAAGGACAGAGGAUUCUGAAUCCCCAGAGAGUGUGGAGAGACUCACUGAAAGUGUCACUAUUCAAAGAGACAAGUACGUGAAGCAAUUCGAGAUGUUCAAGAAGGAACUUUUCAUACUUAAAAAACAGCAGAAAGACUUGGCAGGUGAAAAGGACAGUGAUUACAUGCUGGAGGAAAAUAUAAAGCUGCAGGAUGAGGUAAAGAAGCAACUGAAAAGCAUAGGUGAGCUGGUUGGAAAACUUGACUUGGUUCUUGCAUCGAACAAAAAGAAAAAGAAGAAGUCAAAAGAUGAUAGGAGCCAAAGUGACAGCAAGGAGCGGAGGAAGUCUGGCAGGCCAGCAUCUAGAACAGAAUCCAGUGAUGAUGAUAAUUUACCGAAAUCAGAGAAGUUGAAAGAGAUCGAAAGAAGACCCAAGUUCAACCUUAAAUUCUUUGAUCCAGAAGAAUAUUGGUGCAGAGUCUGCAAUAUAUUCCCUGACAAUGCCAAGGAAUAUCUGCAUCAUCUACACUCUCAGGAGCACAAGCAUGCCAUGGCUGAAAUAAACUUGAUAGAAGCGGCAUGGCACGACCACAAUCCUGAAAAGCCACGGGGAGAAAUUGAAGGAGCACCUGAGAAACGAGUACCUAUCAGAGGUCUUCAGUUCCUUAUCGCAGCCACAGCCUGGUAUUGCAAACUGUGCCACAAGUGGAUGGGAGACUUGCACUGCACCUCUCUGCAUCUCAAAUCUGAUAAGCACAUAAACAAUGUUGAGGCGUACUUUGAAGAUGAUCCAGAAUGGGAGACAACUUGGCGCAAAGACCGUGAAAAGGCCCUUAAGCAGGCAAUGCAAGACGCAAAGUCAAAGAAAUUGAAACCAACUGAAGCAGAAGAUGUUUCAACUUCAUCAAAAUUCACUCCACGUUCCGAAAAUAGUCCGAAGCUGGACGAAGAAAAUGCAAAAAGCGUGAGAGUUGCAAUGCGUAACCACGGAAAAGGAGGUUUACCUCCUAUGGGACCUGCCAUUGCGCCAAAUCAUCCUCUUAGCCACCCAAUUAGCAAGCCAAGUUCAUUCUGGGAGACUGUCAAUCCAGGCAGGAAAGACGUUGAAAAAAAGGAGGUAGAAAAAUCUCGCGGAAAGGAAGUAGUUGAAGACGACAAGAGGAAAAAGAGGAGGAGCCGAAGUGCGUCACAAGAAUCUACAGAAGACCGACGCCGAUUCAGCAGAGGUCAUCGUAGCCGCAGUCGGUCAGGAGAACGUCGCAAGGAUAGACGCAGCCGUAGUAGAGACCGCAGAAGAAAACGCUCUCGGAGUGGUUCAACACCCCCACGACGAGAGCUUAAAAAGUGGGUUGACAUACCUUCGUCUCCUCCUCCGUACAUAGUGAGAAAAACUGAGGAAAAGGACAAAUUUGACAAGCUUAAGAAGAAGCCGGCUCCUGUUGUAGCCAAAGAGCUGCCCAAAAGCAAGUUUGGUUUCAUCGGUAAAAUGCCAGUGCUCAAGGCCAAGAAAAAGGCGGAAAGUGAGGCGCAGUCCUCAUUAGUGAGUGGUGACCCUUAUGAGUACUAUGCUUACAAUGCCUACAUGGCUUCAAACCAGACGGAAGAAGCCAUUGAUGAGAGUAGCUGCGUAGACAUGGAGGUCGAUAAUGGAGAUGAGAGUGUCACAAAUGGAGCUGGCGAAGCUACCCCUAAAGUUGCAUCUGGCAAAAAUUCAGAAGAACUGGAUGAAAUGGCCCUGCUCGGCAUUGAUCCUGAGGACAUCAUGGCUCAGGUUUUGUAAUCAUUGUCCAUUCUUUGACUAUUUCAUUUCAUUUUUGGACUCUGCUUGUGCGUUGAGGUGCAUGUGAAAUUCUUGAUUUGGAAGCAUUUUUAUUAAAUAAAUUUAGCACACAACAUCA